AUGUCUGCGCAGUCGAUCGCCGAGACGCAGCCAGAUGACACCGUGUUUCCUUGCAUUAAGUGCGGCCUGGAUUGUAGCGCAAAGGAUAGCGCUGUUCUCAGAGGCGCAAAUUGGCAAUGCAAGUCCUGCACCAAUGUGUACCAGAUCCUUUACCGUCACAUGGGCGGAUUACCGGAAUCCUGGAACAAUAUGACACCAGAGUCGCAGGUGCAAUUCUUCAAGCAUGCUGGAAGUGCCAUCAAGUGCGCGCCCAAAAAUGGACGGUGGAGCCACGUUAGAAGUUCCCUGGUCUCACAGAUGACCCACUUCCAUACGGAGCAAAGAAGGAUCAGGUGCAAUCGUGAGUUUCUCCCUCUGUCAGUGUGGGCAACAAGGGGCUUCGACACGAAGCGAAUUGAAGCCAACGGGGAGAUGCGCGAGGACAAGGUCUUUGGUGAAGUCUGGACAGCACCACUGUCCACGAUCUCCGAUGAUGACAUUCGUGGUACCGUGGAGAAAGAGAUCUUGGAGAAGGAGAACCGCUUGAAGGAGAAGAAGAAGGUCAAAGGCAAGAAGCCGGCAGAUUCUGCUUCACCCCCAGCAGAUGGUCCAGGCAGCUCUGCCUUCGCGAUCGACGACGAUGUUUGGAGCAUUCCAUCCGAGGAUGAAGGCCCCAUGGUGAUUGGAGAAGGGAAGCCGCAGAAGGCUACAAAAACGAAGAAAGAGGACGACGCCGCGGUGGCUGCCCGAAGGGCUGCACGAGAGCGGGACCAAAAGUGGAAGCAAGAGGUUGGCAAGGCUACCAGGUACAUCAACAGCCUCAACUCCGUUUGCCAUUCUUUGGCGACCGUCUCCGCCAAAGUUGAGAAGAAUCCCGAGUUGAUUCCUGACAAGCUGACUGAUGGCCUGAAGCAGGCUGUUACGCAGAUGAAUUACUUCAAGCAGCGUGCCACCCAGCUCAUCAGCGCCUCUGAUGGGACUAAAAGUUCCAGCUUGCUUGAAGGCUUUGAUGCUGACUCCUGUUGCAAUGACCAGCUCAAAGCCGCCCAAGCAGUUUUGAAAGAUUGCCGGGCGAUUUUCACAGAGAAGUCUCGCGAAGCCAGGGAGGCCAAGGCGGCAGCACCGAAAGCUGCACCGGCGGCAAAGCGUAGCGCCAAGGCCAAGGCCAAGUGA